AGAUUACGUCAACUAUAUUCAGAAAGAUUAUUCAAACUAAUUGUUUGACAAAAAUAUGGGAUACUUAUAAAUCAUUGGUAGAAGAUGGUAAUUUAAAAUAUUUAAAAUCUCGUCAUAUUAAUAAAUUAAUGCGUUUAAUCAAAGAAUUUGAUAAAGAUUCCGUUAGUCGUUUAGAGAAACUCCAAAAAAUUCACAAUGACAUAGAGAAUGUAGGGAUGAAAGAAACGCAAGGAGUUCAAAUUUCUUUGAUAGAAGCAUAUAUAGAUAACAAUAUGAUAGAUAAGGCGCGUGAAGUAUUUAACAAAAUUAAUGAGUGGAAAUAUAUUGGAAAUGGUCCUCUCAAAAAACUCGAUUUUUGUAAUGCGUUCAAUAUUAUGAUUGCUGCUUAUGGGAUGCGAAGUAAGCCAGGAACAAAUCUUGAAGAAGUAACAAAGUUAUUUACAUUAAUGCAUGAAAAAAAUUUAACACCUAACGGAACAACUAAAACAAUUCUCAAGGAUAUUUUUCGUUAUCAUUUAAAUAAUGAUGCAAUUUCUUGGAUUCGAGAGUUAAGAGAGAAAAAUUUUAUUGAUGUAGGUUUAGAGAAAGAAAUUUUGUUAAUAUUAUUGAAAAAUAAUAAUCUAAAAGAAGCCCUUCGUUCUUUCGAGGAUAUGAAAGCAAGAAAUUUGAAGCCAGAUAUUUAUUCAUAUGUUCCGUUGAUUCAUCAACUUGCACAACAUGAAAGGGUUGAUGAAGCAUUAAAGCUAAUAGAAGAAGUUAAAGAACAAAAAGUUCAUCUAAACACUGUAGCUUACAACGUUUUUAUUAAAGUAUAUAUUAUGGCAUCAAAAUAUGAGCAAACAGAUCAAAUUAUUGGGGAUAUGUUAAAACAGAACACUGAACCUAAUACGCGUACAUUUAGUCAACUCUUCAAUGCAUACGCCAAAGCGGGUAAUGCCGAUCUGGCUCUUCAAAUUAUAAAGAAAAUGUCAGAUAUGAACAUUCAACCUAACGAAUAUAUUUAUUGUUUAAUGAUCGAAAUGUUUUCAAAUUUAUCAGAUAUCCAAUCAAUGGAAAAUGUAUUUCGUCACAUGAUCGACAAUGGAAUAGAAUCAAAAGGGGUCGCUUAUUAUUAUCUAUUAUUGGGUUAUACUCGGGUCCAAGAUUUUAACAAGGCACUUCAAACUUGUCGACUUAUGAUAAAAUCAGGGAUUGAACCUAAUGUACGCACAUAUAACGCAUUAUUAUCACUUUUUGCUGAGAAAGGAGGCAAAAAAGGUGCUCGUUUGUUGUUUCGUGAAAUGCAACGAUUUGGAUUAUCUCCUGACGUAUAUACUUAUACUUCACUUAUCAACGCUUAUGUGAAAGCUUCAGAUAUAAACAAAGCAGAAAAAAUUUUCUCUGAAAUGAAAAAAGCUGGAAUUGAACCAUCAAUUACAACAUAUAAUGUUUUAAUGAGUUAUUAUGCAAAGAAAAAGGAUAUAAAAAAAUUGAGACAAAUAUUUAAUGAAAUAGUAAUAAGAAACAUUCAACCUGAUAAUUUUACUUAUUGCUGUCUUAUGGAUGGAUUUGUUUCUAAUAAUGACUUCCGAUCUGCCAUCACUCUUCUGAAUGAUAUGCAAAAUAGAAAUCUAAAACUUGAUGCUCACGUAUAUACAGUUCUUAUCAAAGCAUAUAUGAAAAUUGGAAAUUUUUCAAAGGCAAAAUCUCUUUAUGAGACCAUGAUCAAGGAUAAAGUAGAUCCUACUUUCGUCACAUAUGCCGUUUUAAUUGAUGGCCAUGCUAGAAUUGGAGAAUUGGAUUUUUCUAGAAAACUUUUAACAGAGCUUAUUUCUCAUGGAACUAUGAAUCAAAUAGCUUAUAAUAAAAUAUUAAGUCCUGAUAUAUUUACUCCUUUGAUGGACGCUUAUGCAAAACAAGGACUGACUGAACCUGCACGGGCAAUAUUUGAAGAAAUGACAACAGUAGGAGCUAAGCAUAAUUUAUAUGUAUAUACUAUACUUAUGGAUGCAUAUUAUCGUGGUCAUAAUUAUGAAGCUGUGUGGCAGAUGUGGAAAUUGACGAAAAAAUUUUUCGUGACUCCUUUAUCAAAAUCAAAAAUAUACGAACAAUUAUUAGAUUUACAACAAAAUCAACAAAAUGAACAUAAAGAAAAUUCUUCUACCAUGACAUUAGCGGAGUCAAAAUGGUCCUCUUCAUUAUUGAUAUCAUUUAGUUUAUUAUAUAGUUUGAGACCAAUUACACAAUCACCACCAAAUCAAGCAUUAUCAAUAAUGAUAAACGCAUUAACAGCAGCAAAAAAAUUUAAACUUAUUGAACUAGAAUGGAAUAAGCUAAAUAACGAAGAUUUUGAAUUUGAUUGUCUAAAUUAUAAUGACUAUAUACAAAGUUUAAUAAUAUCAGAAAAAAUUAGAUUAGCCUGUAAAUUAUUGAAUGAACAUUUAGUUAAAGGUUGGGAAAAGGGUUUAGCUCUUUCAAAUAUUUAUGAAGAAAAAUUUUCUACACAAAGUGUAAAAUAUAGACAAGAAUUAUUGAAAAAUUCUGCAAAAUUUUAUCCUCAGAAAAAAACUUUAUUCUUAUUGGCCAAUUAUAUAAAUCAAGGGAAAGAUAAUAAAAAGAUUACUCAAUAUUUAAAAGAACUUAAAGAAGAAUUUCCCGAAGUUUUUUAUAUUACUCGGGAAUUUGCUAAAUCCUGUAAAUUAAAAAAGCUCAAAUGUUAUCAAGAUAGAAGUCAUAGCGGAUAGUGAAUAACAAACUUCUUUCAAAUUUUUUAUCACGAAUAUCUAAUUCGAGAUUCAACACAAUUCAGAUCAAAGAAAGUUGAUGUUUCUUAAAAUAUAAUGGAUCAGAAUUGUAGAAGGUCGACCGCGAUAAUCAUCAGUACGUAUCAUUUUAAGGUCACGUUAAGUCG